AUGAAUCGCGCACUUACCUUAUCGAAUCGAGCUGUUGCUCAACGUAUUGUUCGUUCGACAUUAAAUUUUGUUCGUACUGAAUCAACUACUGAUCCAGAAGCUGGUUCUGUUGCUGCUGGUAAAGAUGCAUUUAGUUCAAAGGAAAAAUCUGAAGAAACACGUUGGGCUCGUCGUUUUGAAACUGAACAAGCAGCAAAAUAUCAAACUGAACGUAGUCGAUCUGAUCAAAAUAGUAAUCAACCAAAAGGAGGUUCUCAACGUUUUGGUCAACAACAAUCGAGUGGAAAAAGUUCAGGAGGUUCAUUUCAACAACGAUUAACUGCUCUUGAAGAUGAAAAACAAAGAAUUGAACAAGAAAUUGCCGAACUUAAACGUCAAUCAUCUUAA